UCUCUUCGAGAGAAUCGAGUGGUUAGAUUAUAACAUAUUGCAGAUAACAGCGAUAAGUAUUAUAUAUAAAAUAUUGCAGUAUUUUCGUCGAUAGAUCUAUAUUUGUCUGAACGGUCCAGGUGUAAAGUGAUCGGACAGACGCUAAUCUGAGUAUUGAUUAAACAAGUGGAACUUGGAAACAGGUAGUCGGCAAAUAGAGAGACAUGGACGCGUGUUUCAACGCUUUCGAUAAAGACGGCGAUGGAUUCCUGUCAAUUUCCGAAUUUGAUCUCAUAUGUCGCGCAUUGUUUCGAAAUGACCGCGGCAAGAUUUACGGCCUCGAGGAGGAUCAACUGCGCGAGGUGUAUUCAAUCUUCGAUCUCAAAGGCGACGGCCUGAUCGACCGAGAAGAAUUUGAGGUGUGCUGGAACCGAUGGAUUAAAGUAUGCACGCGUCCCAAAAGCGCUUUCUUAAUUGUGGAUGUGCAAAAUGAUUUUAUAACAGGCUCCUUAAAUAUAAAGCAGUGCGCUGCGCAACACGAUGGUUCGGAAGUAAUCGAUCCAAUUAACCAAUUGUUGGAAACUGUACCGUUCGAUGCAGUGUUUUAUUCCCUGGACUGGCAUCCCGUGGACCAUGUAUCCUUCGUUGAUAAUUUGCACUUGAGAAAGGUAGACAUUAGCAGCAAUAUCUCGAAGGAAGCGGCGCGGGUAUACGACACAGUAACGUUUCAAGGACCACCGUUGUUGAAGCAACGCCUGUGGCCUCGUCAUUGCGUACAGGAUUCUUGGGGUGCCGAGCUCCAUAAGGACCUGAAGAUCGUUAACAAAGCGAUCAAGAUCUACAAGGGCACGAAUCCAGAAGUCGACUCGUAUUCAGUGUUUUGGGACAACAAGAAGCUCACCGAGACCACGCUGUCGUCGCAGCUGCAGGAAAAAAGCGCCACCGAUAUCUAUAUCUGUGGAUUGGCCUAUGACGUUUGCGUGGGCGCUACUGCAGUGGAUGCGCUUACUAGCGGUUAUCGCACUAUACUAAUCGAUGACUGCAGUCGUGGCGUGGACCUCGUUGACAUUGAGAAGACCAAGGCCACUGUAAUAGGCAGCAAUGGCGUGAUAGUGAAUUCCAGCCAGGUGAAGGCUAUGGUGGAAGGAAGAGACCGACGACCGGAACUCGGUUACAAACUCGCAUUGGAAAUUAAGCAAAAAUUGAGCCUCGGUGAAGAAUAAUUAUAGCAAA